AUGGCCCAGAUCAAGUCUAGCAGCUCCAGCAGCUCCUCCAUCAGCAGCGGCGCAGGAGGAACCAAGCGCAAGGCCGAGUCACGUGGCGGCGUCGCAGACCCGGGCGCACGUGACUGGCCCGCUUCCUCCCUCACUGCCUCACCUCGACCUCCAUCUUCAGGCACAGCAGCAACGCUGACGCCGACCGAGUCCACCUCCCCUUCUCCCACGACGAGCCCCGUGGCCCCCGGCACCGCGUCGACCUCAAUUCUGCUCUUGGCUGAGGCUCUUCCCCAGGACAACUCCCACCAUCCGCCCACCACCAUGAAGACCGCCCGUCCCUAUCGCUCCCACAAAUAUCCAGCUUGUGCCCGCUGCCACAAACGGCGCUCGCGAUGCACCAUCGAAAUUCCCGGACAGGCAUGCUUACUGUGCCGUAUGCACGGUGUGCCCUGCUCUUCCGCCACGGCCAAGAAGGAUGAUCGUGUUACUCCCAAGGUGGGCUUUGUCCAUCGUUCCCUGAUUGCCGACGAUAAGUCUAUGGAAGGCUUUUCCCACAUUGUCGGCCCCGUCAUCGCACGCGACACCCAAGUUCUCGACCAGUAUCUACCCCAGGGGAAUGGAACUCCGGGCCAUGUGCCCAUCCAGCCGAGCCUGGGGAGACGAGAGUCGCAGAAGGCCAUCUAUCAUGUGCCUAUCCCGCCCAGGAGACCCAGCCCGACGGACUGCAAUUGCACCAGGAACAUGCCGGCUGAAUUGCUUGACCAAGUCGACCCUUUCCUCGAUAAAUUACUGGCCAAUUAUUACGAACAUUUCCAUCCCUGCUAUCCAGUUACCGACGAAGAAUGUGUCAUGUCGCGAAUCAAGGACAGAAGUCAGCUGCCUCAGACAUUCUUUGUCAACAUGAUAGCCUACGCACUGUUUUAUUGGGAUACUUCGCCUGCAUUGGUGGGCUAUGCCAGACCCGAUCAGGAUUUCGCCUGGCAGACGGCAGUGGCGGCAAACAUCGCCGACAUGCAAAAGGGCGACCUGGCUACCAUCAUCUCAACUUGCAUCGACAUCUCUGGACGACCUUCACGAUGCUUGGUGAAAAAUGUCGCCGACGUAGCGCGGGCGGUCGCCUUGUCUCACGCGGUCGGGCUGAACCACGAUUGUAGUGAGUUCAAGAUCAGCGAGAUGGAGAAGAAACUCCGGUGGAAGGCUUGGUGGGGAGUAGUGAUACAGGAUCGAUGGUUCAAUUUCGCUCAAGGAACACCUCCCUAUAUCUCCAAGGGCCAUUAUGACGUCCCACUUCCCACGGUUGAGCUACUUACUCAAGGCAGAGGCGGGUCUGUUAAGCAUGUUCGUGCCGCCGAAGUUUAUAUCCAUCUGUGUCGAUUGACGGAAAUCGUCGGAGAUGUCCUUCCACUCAUAUACCAUAUACGGUCCGGAAACGACAGCAUUGCCGCCGAACAAACCUCGAGAUCGGAAAUCGAACUCAACCGCUGGAUGGAAAGCCGUCCGAGUUGGCUGAAUCUGAACGACUUCAACAAUCGCCCGCCCGUGCCGGGACUGGUCAACCUGCAGCUUUCCUAUCUUUCUGUACGCAUGCUUCUGCGACGCAUAGCCUGGCACGAGAUCAGCCAACGAGAGAGCGAUCCUGCCUCGUCAUGGCUGCUCGGUUGCCAAGCAGCUGCCGAGGAUAUCGUUCGAUUCGUCAGUUCGUUGCACAAGCAAGACCUGAUGGGCUUCUGGUUACCCUACAAUGCGCAUCAUUUCACAUCUGCCGUUACUCUGCUGCUCCGGUGCGCACUUCAGACAAGUUACUCGAACGUUCGGACGCAGUGCAUGGGAAGCGCGAGGACACUUGUGGACUGCCUGAAGAAAUACCACGACGAGUAUCAAUGGGAUCUAGCAGAGACGGCACUGUCGCAGAGUGAGUCUGUACUGAAGCGCAUCGAGGACUCGCUACCCAAAGCGCCGGUUGUGGGAACUCCCAGCUUGCCCGCGGUGUCGAUGCGCCCUGAGCCAAAUGACACGCGCGGCUAUGUGGAUGAGAACAUGCUUGGUGAUCCGCUGCCGGACGAUGCCUUCAUCACACCACAAGGUCAAGGCUCAAUUGAGGAGUUGUUCCCCGAGAUCUUCUCAGAUUUCACAGACACUGCCUUGUUCGCUAGUUCGAUCCAUAAUGAAUACAUGGAUUGAGACAUGUUACCUCUGGAUUUCAAUUCAAUCGAUUCAGCCCACAUACGUGCUGAGAAAUACUGGGCAAGCCGCGCAUGCAGAGCAAGUCUCGACCCUCUGGUCUUCGGCUGAUCUCCUGAUAUCGGGAGGGAAGUACUUACGGCGGCUACUCCAGUGGCCAACUCCAGUCCGACUCUCAAUGAGUUCACAUUGGCGCUGGAAGGUCGAUUCAAUCAGUAGUGCCACAAAAAACCAGUGUAGCGAUACCGGGUGGUAUCUCAAGUCACUAGGGCAUACCAGCAACACACGGCAACCAGGGAAAAUCAGCCUUACCCGCACGGGCACUCAAUGGACCACCUAUGGAACCCUCCUGAGCUCACUCUCCAGAGCGGGUAUGUUGCCCCGCCAAGCUGAUGAUCGUCAGGGGCUUCCUGGUCCUUCCUGCGCUCAUCGAGGCGAUGGCGAACGCGAUGGCGAAGACGAAGGCAUUGUCUUAAUGGCGGGGACCGAAUGUCAUGAAUCAAUAAUCCUAUUGGUGACGAAACCGACAUUAAAAUCCAACGACGUAUCACGGUUCGCAUGGGGGUCUUUAUGGUUAAGUCCCUGCAGAGGGGGCAGGCAUUUGACGUGGCCAAGUCAGCUGAAGAAGUUACGACAAAACUAGACAGGGCGGCAGGGCGUGACAGCAUAGCAUAUGAUAUGAUAGCAUUUGCCGGCAUGGUACGGGAGUACAGGAUAGCAUAGCACAAAACAUUCAGG